UUGAGGAUGUAAUUCCAUUCCAGUUAUUUCUUAAAGAUGAUUUCUGUUUAAAAGAUAUGUCUGCAGCCUCAGUUAAAUUAUUGCAUUGGGUGUUGUUAUCUGACUCAGUCAUUUUGCAGUCGAUGCCAAAGCAAGAGUUUGAAACUAUUCAGAAAAUAACUGGUCAGUCAUCAUUAACUCCUUCCCCAAGUCAUAUAUUUAAAGUUAAUUGCAAGCUUGGAGCUCAACAGUUUCAGCAAAACUGUAUAGGAAAAAAGACAUUUUUUGCAUUUCAUGGUUCUAGCUUACAAAAUUUUCAUUCUAUUUUGAAUAAUGGUUUAAUUGCUCAUUUGAAUAAAAAUGGAUUAUAUGGAAAGGGAACUUAUUUAUCCAGUGAACUUAGUGUUUCUCUCAUUUACAGUCCAAUGGGUAAUAGUUGGAGACAUAGUAUAUUUGGAUCACAGUUAAGUUGUGUAGCACUUUGUGAAAUAAUUGAUCAUCCAGAUGUUAAAUGCAAGGGUAAAGGAACAUAUGGAAAUUGUCAACAAUCUUCACCAGAUAGUCUAGCAGGUGACAUUCCUGAUAAAUAUUAUCUUGUACAGAAUAAUGACCUGGUACGCAUACGUUAUCUUCUUGUAUAUAGUAACAGUUCUAGGAGUGAAAACAGGAUUAGAGUUCCUAAAUGGUGGUGGAAGUAUCGUUUCACUAUUCUGAUGCUAAGUUAUGUUGUUAUUUUAAUAGGAAUUAGUCUGUCAUCAUCCAGAGCAUUGCAGCAAUUUUUAUGGAAACAUUUUUAAUAGCUUAUAAAUAUAAUAUGCAGUCUUCCAAUUGUGCCUCUUGAAUAUAUUUUUAUUAUUGAAUUAUAUAUAAAUAAUUUUUAUAUAGAUUUAAAAAAAUAAGAAAAAUGUGUAAGAAUAUUUAAUUAUUUUUGCUGCAAUUUUUACAAAAAUUGCUUUGCCGAUUAUAUAAAUGUUUGUUAAAAAUUAGCUAUUAAAAGUCACAAUAAAAAUCAGUAUUACA